CUCGCUGCGAAGUCGGUGGCGCAAGCGGCGGAACUUGGAAGUGGUGUGAUUAAUGACCAGGCUGUAGUGCGAAGGGAUAAUGAUACGCCCGGUGUAUCCAAGCGGCUUGAAGUUGAACUAAUAAUCCCUUUUUCCCCAGUUCUUUUCUUUUUUCCUCAUCAAAAAAACUGCUGGCCCUCGAUUCGGUUGGCUGGUCGUUCACGUCGAUCCUGAAGGUUUUGGCUCAAGAUAACAGAAGCAUCCCAGUGCUGCCACAUAAUUACUCCAAACGUUUCCUUGCCCAUCAUUCAUUCACCCGUCCUUUAGCUUCUUCAGAUGUUGUCUCUUCUCAGCAACCCUCGUUCGGGUGCUUUGGCAUCAACAGUUCUUCGACUUCAAGCUAUUACCGCUCUCCUCGGCUUCCUAACAUCUGUCUUCGCAGAUCACACCAGUAAUAAUGCAUUCAUGCAACUUCACCGCCGCAAACUUAAGGAAGACAACCCUCUGGGCGCCCCCGGUCAACCUCAAACCAGCAUUUGGAGUCACUCUCAGACAAUUUCCGGGUUUACUUUCUUUGACUCAUGGGCCUUCAUCAAUCGCUGGGACAAUACCACACACUCUGCCGCAUAUUAUGUUGGCAAGGAGCAGGCAGAAAGGGAAAUGCUGGCGUAUGUGGACGAAAAUGCCCGCGCUAUCAUUGCUGUCGACACAAAGAAGGAUAUUUCCAAUGAUACCAUGCCUGCCGUCUUUCUCAAUACUACCACUGGUGUUUUCAAGUAUAAUCAAACAGCGCUCCGGAACAGUAUCCGAUUGGAAUCCCUCGAACGCUACGAUCCUGGUACGCUGGUGAUCGCUGACUUUCAUCACACACCCUAUGGCUGCGCCAGUUGGCCUGCUUUCUGGAUGCAUGGGGAGAACUGGCCUCAAAAUGGUGAAAUUGAUAUCUUCGAAGGAUGGAAUGACAACACCCGCGGAAGAGCGACUCUCCACACGACACCUGGUUGUUCGCAUGACCCUACAGGUAUUCAAACCGGCAAGGUACUUCAAGAGACAUGUGACUCAAGCGUAAACUACAACGCAGGAUGCUCAGUUGAAGAUCCCACCACUGAUUUUUUCGGUCCCACGCUCAACAGAAAUGGCGGCGCGGUAUUUGCCGCAAUGUACACCAACUCCGAAAUUUCAGUUUGGAGAUGGCGGCGUCAAGAUGUGCCCCAGGAUAUCGAGGACAACGUUCCACGCCCUGAAACAUGGCCCACACCUACAGCUACAUGGAGAAGCGGCGCAAGUUGUAACAUUGACCAAAAGUUUGGUCCUCAAAACAUUAUCAUCAAUAUCGCAAUGUGCGGAGACUCGGACUUGAACACUUACGCACAAGGGAAAUGUCCAGGGAAAUGUUACGAUCAUCUGUUGAAAGGCUCCAAUUAUAAAGAAGUUUACUUUGCCAUCAACUCGAUCAAGAUUUUCAAAGGCCUACCAGACGCCGUUUCAAAGGUCACUCCUUUACCUCCCCCAGGUUUAAAGCCAGUCGUCCCACCUCCCGGUCUUAAGCCAGUUAUCCCGCCCACUGAUACCAAACCAGUCGUCCCACCCCUCGAUACCAAGCCAGUCGUUCCACCUCCUGGUACCAAGCCAGUUAUUCCACCUCCCGGUAUCAAGCCCGUCGUUCCACCUUCCGGUAACAAGCCCGCUGAUCCGUCUCACCAUGCUAAAUCAGGUGAUCCACCCAGCAAUCUUAAGCUUAUGACUUCGGCUCAGGAUGAAAGUCUGCUCAACAUUAACUCUGAAUCAAGUGAUCCGAAUCCCAAGGCUAAUGUCCCGCCUCCAAAGUAAUCUCAGGCAACUUAACUGGGUAACCUGAAUGGACAAGCACCCCCAUCAGAGUUGCAAUACCAUCACUUCACAACUUUUGUUUUCUUCUUAGUUUUUGUCAAGAAUAUUGGCACUUGUAUGCAUUUGGAAAUAAUAAUUGAUGUAUUAGAAACAUCUUCCCGAAAUCCUCAUCAAGGAUUUGUUAUCAAGACUGGACCACAAGAACAGUUACAAUUUCAGCACAAUUUUAUCGUUAGAUAUACCAGUUCAAAUACCAUACCUUAGUUUUUGCGUUUUUUUUGUAUGGUUCUGCUUUUGAUAGGGGUUUUGUUGCACAAUUAAAUAUUCAAGAUUGAGGAAUAUGAAAGAAAAGCCGAAAUGGCACACAAGGUUUAACUGUAAUCUAGGAAAGUUUAUU